AUGCAUUCUAAGGUUAUUGAGACGUCCUUGGGCGUGGAAAAAGCUCAUGAUGAGUUGGUCGACGACGAGAUUGCGCUUGAAAAGCUCUCGAUGUCAAAACCGUACGAUUACUCUGGAGCGACAAGCAAGACCGAUCCGGCAGAGAUUGCCCUUGUGAGGAAGCUCGACUGUCGCAUCAUGCCGAUGAUCUGGGCGAUGUAUUUCUUGAACUAUUUGGACAAAAAUGCGAUUGCCUCAGCACGUCUUAACGGCUUAGAGGACGAUAUCGGCCUCACAGGUUCCCAGUACAACACCUGUAUAUCGAUUCUCUUCGUUGGAUACCUGUUGAUGCAGCUGCCAUCGAACAUGCUCAUGGCAUCCAAAAGGAUCCGUCCAUCAAUCUACAUGGGCUUCUGCAUGGCCCUGUGGGCAAAGGCUGGAGAUGGUGAGGGAUUUAAUCUAGUCCUCCUUGCAUUCGCUAACUCGAGCACCAGGCUGUUUAUCAUUGAAGGAGUCGUCACAUUCGGGAUUGCCAUACUAUCCAUGUGGGCGUUACCAGACCAUCCAUCGUCCACACGCUGGCUUUCGGAGCAAGAGAUGGCAAUAGCUCAAGAGAGAAUUACCAGGGACACAGUGGAGAAGACGGAAUCUGAAAGUGCUCUGCAGAGCCUCAAAGUCGCAUUCUCCGACCCUCGUCUCUAUCUUUUGGCCUUGAUGCAAAAUCUACAUCUUUCUUCUGCCGGAUUCAACAACUUCUUCCCCACGGUAGUGGGCACCCUCGGGUUCAACCGCACCGUCACGUUGGUCCUGACAUGUCCGCCAUUUGUAUUUGCCGCAAUCUUUGGGCCCCUUCUUGCGCUCAGCUCUGGAAGAUUCAAUGAGCGGACGUGGCACAUUACCGGUGGAAUGGCUAUGGGAGUGGCGGGCUUUGUUAUAGCAGCGGCGACUCUUAACACGGCUGCUCGGUAUGUCGCCUGUUUUCUGUUCUCAGCUGGCGUCUAUUCCGUCAACUCAUGCAUCCUCGGAUGGGUAUCAGCGACACUCGGACAAACAGCAGAAAAGAAAGCGAUUUCCUUGGGAUUUGUCAACAUUGUGGCCAAUGCUUCUUACAUCUACACUCCAUACUUGUACCCAAGCUCUGACGGUCCGCGCUACCUACCAGCCAUGGGUGCCAAUGCAGGCUUUGGGGCUGGAACCGUUAUUUGUGCGUGGGUCUUGAAGAUCUGGCUGAUGGCUGAGAACAAGAAAUUGAGAGCCAGUUCUGGGGACGGUGGACUUGCCUACGCUUAUUGA